AAUUGAUAGAGUUAGGUCAGGUGCUUUUUGCAAUGAUGCAACAAACCAUUCUUUUGCAAUGUCAUUUGUCAAGACAGUGUUGCAUUCGAUGCAAUAAACAUUAACAUUCGGUGUAAAUCAUACUAAACAUGUUAUUCUUCAAUUCUGUUGUAAAUUGGCUCAGUCUUUUGGCUAUAUUUUGCUCGUUGGUAACUGCAACGAUUCUACGAUUGCCAUGCAUCACAGUAGCUGACUUUAAGACUAUCUACAUCGGCCGCCGAUUUAAUGGAUAUGUUAUCAGCACGAUAAAAGGCGUUGAUGACAUGAAAUGUACAAUGAAGUGUGUCCACCAUUUUGAUUGUCGCUCUUAUAAUAUCAACGUGGAGAAAAUGCUGUGUGAGCUGAACAGCAAAGCCCAUGUAGACACCAACGGAACAAAUCUCAUUGCUGAUACAGACUGGAUCUACAAAUCUACUGAUUUUGAAGAUCUUCUGGUAGGUCAAGUUUGUAAGGAGCUGAACCCAUGUGGCCCUGGUGUUCUCUGUAAAGACAAAUGCGAGCCGCCUUAUUAUGAGUGUGCUUUUUGCAGCGAAAACCUAACUGGACCAAGAAAGCACUGCAACAAACCUGUCGAUGGAAAUGAAUGCAGCAGUAACCCUUGCAUGAAUUCUGGGACAUGUACAGACAUGGUCGCCGACUACAAAUGCACUUGUAUGGAUGGAUACACAGGCAAAAAUUGCGAAACUGAUAUUGAUGAGUGUGAAAGCUUGCCUUGUUUCAAUGGAGGGAUAUGCUCUGACUCUGUUGCAAAUUACACGUGCAGCUGCGCAGUUGGAUAUUUCGGCUCUGCUUGCCAGUUUGCUACCUGCAAAUCGUUGAAAACAGCUGGCGUUAAGAGUGGUCUCCACCACAUCUUCAUUCCAAGUGGAAUCUACCAAGUAUAUUGCGAAAUGGAUAUCAAUGGUGGUGGAUACACUUUCAUCCCAAACGACAUCAUGUCUCAGAUCACAACACAAGACAUAGAAACAUUGUUUACACUUCACCAGGAUGUGCUUCUUAGUCUGCAGCAAGUUGACGGUUCUCAACUACAUACUGUUAUACAUCAAUAUGAUAGCAUAGGUCGGCUAUCUGUACAAAUAAACGCUUAUAAUGGGUACACGCGACCGAAAAAUGGAGAUUUCACGGACUUCUUGUAUCUUGGGACAUGGCCUGCAGCGCAUGCUCUAAAAGGCACCGACCAAGGAUUCCUCUCCAACGGUGUAAGUAUUACUUUUCGCAACUGCGACGGCAAUCAAAACAACAGGCUGGUCUUCUAUUCAAAGCCAAACUCAUCGCCACCAAAUUAUAAUGGAUAUUAUGAGCAACAAGGGUUUGCAGUGAGAUGGCGAGCAACUGCAAGGCCGCACCCAGUUCCAGGUAGCAAGAUGCCAUCAAAGUUCUACCUCUUUACUGAAGCUGCAUAUGGUGGUUGCGGUUGCUACACUGAAAGCAGUGCUUGGCCCCAAUCAGCACACUCAGCCACAGGAACCGCAAUUGGAAUCAGAUAAGCGUUCGAAAGAGGCAAAAGGAACCCAUCUUCGCAACUAUAAAGUAAAAUUAAGGUCGUCACCACAUCAUUGGACAUGGGUACAUUCCCUUUGACUUCAUCUAGAGAGUAAUUAUUAAGGUUUCGACAACAUUUUUGCUGCACAGCACAUAUAUAGAGAUGUUCGACAAAAACUUCUGAUGCAUAGAGAAGAACUGGGGAGAAUUUUAGCUGCAUGUCUCAUGUAGAAAACUUUGCCAAAAUUUGUUACAAAAAGAUUUGAUUGAGGAUUUUACUGCGAAGUGGCUGCUUCUUUUUAUUUGAUCUGGAAGCUGCAAAGUGCAUUGGUAUAAAUAGACAGUGAUGAACCAAUUGUUUUAUUUCUUAUCAUUAAAUAGACUGUAAUUACG